AUGGCGAGAGAGCCUAGGAAAUGCAACCCGAACUUGUACUGCCAUUAUCAUCAGGAUCACGGGCACACGACGGAUAACUGCAGGAAUUUUUGGGACCACUUGGAACAGUUGGUCCAUGAAGCGAAAUUAAAACAACUCCUGCAUCACUCUAGUGGAAGGGCGAGCCAAGCAGGUUCAGAGGUGCGUGGGGACGCUUCAUCAAGACUCCCUCUGGAUACGAUUAAUGUUAUCUUUGCGGCCCCGGAAAGGACUGGAUCUUGCCCCUCCAGGGUAUUAUCGGUGUUCCGAUCCCCGGCCGAGGAUCAUUCCCAAGCAUUGAAGAGAGCCAGGGUGCGUGUCCCCCUGAUUCUAGGCUUUUCAGAUGAGGAUAUGGUUGGGACCAUACAGCCCCAUGAGGAUGCUUUGGUGGUAAUGUUGAGAAUUGGCGGGUACGAUGUCAGAAGGGUGAUGGUUGAUCAGGGUAGCGCUGUGGAUGUAAUGUAUCCAGACUUGUACAAGGGGCUAGGUUUGAAGCCAAAGGACUUAACAACCUACAACUCUCCUCUGGUAAGUUUUGAGGGAAGGAUGGUCACUCCUAAAGGGCUGAUUGGGUUGCCUGUGCAAGCAGGUACGGAUAUGGUGGAGGUGGAUUUUAUUGUUGUAGAUGUUUUUUCUCUGUACACAGCUAUUAUGGGCAAACCUUGGCUUCACACCCUUAAAGUGGUCUCGUCCACUCUGCAUCAGAAGGUGAAGUACCCAUCCGGAGACCAAGUGUUGGAAAUAGUAGGGAGUCAGGCGGCUGCUCGGCAAUGCCUAGUAGCGGCUAUACAGCAUCGGCCAGAAACAAAAACCUCGGCUACGGCUGACAAUGGGUUAUAG